CGAGCUGCGCGGUCCCUCCAUCUCGCUCCUCGCCCAACCGACGAGGGCCGAUCCCCUCGUAACAACCCGCCCGUCGCCUUCGCCGUCAUCAUCAUCGCCGUCGCCAUCGUCAACGGGGCCACCGCCAGGACAUCCCAUUUUAUCGCUGGACUUGCAGGCUGCUGCUCCCGCCAUCGCCGUUGUCCGUCGGCGCACCAUCGUCCUCAAGAAAGCACAGCCCCCCAUUGCGAUCAGCAGCUCCUCCGGAUGCACUACGUUUCCUCCGCCCAGAAGCCGACCUCGGUAUCGACUGCCCUUGUCGGCAACUUCACGGGCCCAGACGAUCUCAAUCUUAUCCUCAGCAAAACAUCCCGCUUUGAGAUCCAUGUUGCAACAGAAGCCGGCCUGCAGCCCGUCAAAGACGUGCCCAUAUAUGGGCGGAUCGCCACGAUGCAUCUCUAUCGGCCCCAGGGAGCUGCGACCGAUCAUCUCCUGAUCACCACGGAGCGAUACAACUUCUUUGUGCUCUCCUACAACCAACACUCGGGGGAGAUUGUCACCGACGCCCAGGGCAAUCUUUCAGAUCCCAUCAGCCGCCCUGCCGACUAUGGGCAGCUCUGUGUCAUUGAUCCCGAGCACCGGAUGAUCGGCCUGCAUCUGUAUCAAGGGCUGCUCAAGGUCAUUCCCAUCUCCCAUCCCAGCACGCAGUGGGACAGCAGAUUCUUCUCCGAGACAGACUCGCUCUACAGGCCGCCGUCCGCGCAGAGCAAAGGAAAGACCCGGGGCUCAACGCGGGCCAGCCGAGCGGCUGGAGUCCUGGGCACAGCUUUCAACAUGAGAUUGGAAGGCCUCAAGGUCUUGACAAUGGUCUUUCUGUCUGUCGCCCAGACAGUACCUUUGCCGCCGCCCAUGCUUGCCGUUCUGCACGAGAACUCCCUUUCCGAACGCAUCAUUAGCAUAUACAAAGUCAACAUAUCAGAUUCGGAGCUUGAAGAUACUGCCAUCGAGUGUCCUGACGUCCACCCCACCACCUCGAUGCUUAUCCCUGUCGAGCAAUCACUUGGGGGUGGCUUGCUUGCCAUUUCGGACUCGAGCAUCACCUACUAUCCUCUGCAGCGUGGCUUUGACGUCGGAACCAUCUCUAUCAAGAUUGGACCAACGAUUGUGAAGUGCUACGCUCGGCUGGGCCCCAAGGGCGAUCGAUACCUCCUGGGAGACUACAUGGGCAACCUACACAUCCUUUUACUGACUUGCUCUGCCGGCGGCGCCAUGCGAAAGCUGACCAUGGAACGGCUGGGAAAGAUCUCAGUACCCUCAAGCAUUGCCUACAUCGACAACGACUUUGCCUUUAUCGGCUCGCAUUUUGGCGACUCGCAACUCGUGAAGCUGGAGACUCGUCCGCUGGAGGACAAGAGCUUUGUGUCGGUCAAGCAGCUGUUCCCCAACAUCAGUCCGGUGCUUGACUUUUGUCUCGUGGACAGCGAUAAGCAGGGCAAGGACGUGCUGGUAGCCUGCUGUGGUGGCUAUCUGGACGGCUCGCUUCGUAUCAUCCGCAACGGGAUCGGAAUCCACGAAUACGCAGAGCUGGAGAUGCCUGGCCUCAAGUUGAUUUGGUCGCUACAGUCAGCUGCUGGAGAAAGCGAGGUCUUGGUUCUGUCCUUCAUCAACGAAACUCGUCUCCUGACCCUCGCUGCGAACGAGCUCGUGGAGCCGCCGCGACACAACCUCGUCCAGAACGAACCGACCCUCUGGGCGUCCAACGACUCCAGCGGCAAUAUCAUCCAGGUUGUUCCCUCUGGCGUCUUCCUCAUCUCGGGCGAUGGCCAGACAGCCCACAGCAAGUGGAUGCCUCCGAGCGGCAUGAAAAUCUAUCACGCCAGCGCCAAGGCGUCCUCGGUCCUAGUUUCACUCGGUAGAGGCGAAGUUGUUGCGCUCUCUGUCGAGUCGACCCGAAUCCAGCAGAUCGGCCGCACCAACUUUGGUCGGGAGGUUUCGUGUGUUGAUCUGGCCCUUUUCGAAGCGGCCGAUGGCACGGCUGCUCGGUAUUGCAGUGUCGGACUCUGGGGACCCAACGCGUGCGUUCAUAUUCUCUCGUUCCCAUCGCUCCAAGCCUUGAAAGUCGAAGCCCUUGGAGAUGCUGUUCCUCGCUCACUCACGUUCUGCCGAAUGGAAACCGAGUUUUACGUGAUCGUGGCGCUUGGCGAUGGCUCUUUGAUCAACUAUGCAUUUGACCCCAGCACCAACACGCUGUCGGACAAGAAGCGCGCUCGGCUGGGAAACCGCCCCGUCAACUUGUGUCAGUUCCGGUCCAACGGAAAGGACCACAUCUUUGCCUCCUGCGACCGACCCACGGUGAUCUCUGGCACCCCUCACCGCAAGCUGGGAUAUUCCACCGUCAAUGCCAAGGAAAUCAGCUCGGUUUGCUCCUUCAGCACGCCGCUGUUCCCCGGCGCACUUGCAAUGGCAACCACGACGGGCCUGAAGAUUGGCUUGAUCGACGAAAUUCAAAAGAUCCACAUCCAAAAGGUCAGCCUCGAUGAGAUGCCUCGGCGCAUCGCCUACCUCGAGGACCAGCGGAUGUUUGGCCUGAUUACGCAUCACAUCGUAAGCGGCAGCAACGGCUCCGCCGAUGGGAUCGCUCUGGAGCAGUCGUACCUCCGCAUCCUCGACGACCAAACAUACCAAGUUUCCAGCUCGCACGCGCUGAGACCGAACGAAGUUGGGAUGUGUAUCGCUGCUGUCCAAUUCCCAAAUGAGAUGCAGAGCUUUUUCGUCCUGGGCUCUGGCAUCGAAGUAGUCGAUGGCGAGAUCAACACCGGCUACCUCUCGGUGUUUGAGAUCUCGGAUAUGAAGAAUCUGCGCCAUUACUGCUCCGUACCUGUGGCUGGCGGCGUUUACGGCAUUGGACUGCUGAGCUGCGGACUGUUGGCUGUUGCCGUCAGCAAUUCGAUCAUUGUCUUCCAGUGGAAAGACAGCACUCUCCAGAUGGUGUGCAGCCACCACGCCCACACCAUAGCAGUCGACAUGAAGGUUGAAGGCAACACCAUCAUCGUCGGUGACUUGAUGAAGUCUGUGAGUCUCCUCGAGUAUGUGCCUGAGCGACAUAUUCUGGAAGAAACGUAUCGUGACUUUCAAAGCCUGUGGAUCACACGGGUCAACCACCUUGGAGCGAGCUACAUUGCCGCCAACCACACCUUCAACCUGCUCUCCUUUGGCAAAGUCAUCAGCGACGAGCCUGGCGCCAAGGCUCUGCAGCAAGACGGACAGUGGCAUCUCGGUGAGAUGGUCAACCAGAUCAAGCAAGGCUCUCUCACGCGGGCGGCCUUGGAGACAGAAAAGCUGGUCGACGACUCGCUCGUCUUUUGUACCGUGAAUGGAAUGAUUGGUGUGAUAUCCAAGAUCGCGGACCAGUCGGUCGCCGACGCACUACAGAUUCUCGAGUCCAACCUCUCGCAGUUCAUCAAGAGUAUUGGCGAUAUAUCGCUGGCCGAUUGGCGAAGCUACUGGGAUGGAUACCGAGUCAAGCCGGCAAAGAACUUCCUGGAUGGCGAUGUCAUCGAGAAGUUCCUUGAGCUCGACCAAGACGAUCGCCUGACGCUCAUCGAAGGCAAGGCGCCAGGCAUGCAGCCUGUGCCUCUGAGCGAGUUUCAGAUGAUGCAUAUUGUCGAGGAGCUGAGCCGCAUGCACUAGACGGAGAUGUAUUGCAGCGCGGCCGAGGACAGAGGCAAUCCAGGCCACUGCAGCUUUGCUCAGAGCAGAAUCAGGCGCUUGGCUCUUGGGCGUCUCUGGUGGUGGACGGGCGUGUGCUUGGGAUUCGGAAACAAACAACAGCCCAGCUCAAAAACAGACCAUGACACUAUGAAAAAAUUUCUUGAAUACACCCGGUCGAUCUCCUGUGGCGAUGAUCGACUGGCAUACCGAG